UAUAAAAUUAUGUAAAACCAGAUAACAAUCACGAUAUUGGUGUAGAGUUUAUAAGAGUAUGGGUGACAAAUUCAAUAUGGCGUCUUGCUAAUAUGUUUGUUGUUUUGGGAUGACGUGGAAAUUUAAAAAUUCCUUUUGCUCUUGUAAUGUUCGCUAUGGAGUGACAGUGCAUAUUCAGUUACAUUGAUUAACUUUGUUUCUCUGAAAAUUAUUUGAGAUAUAAAAUGUUUGAAAUUACAGAUUUUCAAAAAAUAGGAAUUGGAUUAACAGGGUUUGGACUUUUUUUCCUGUUUCUUGGAGUUGUCUUUAUAUUUGACAAAGGACUUUUAGCACUAGGAAAUAUACUUUUUCUGUGUGGCUUGUCAUUUGUUAUUGGCUAUGAAAGAACUUUCAGGUUCUUCUUUCAGAGGCAUAAAAUCCGAGGCUCUGCAGCUUUCUUUGGAGGAAUUUUUAUUGUAUUAUUUGGAUGGCCACUUGUGGGAAUGAUUAUAGAAAUAUAUGGCUUCUUUGUACUAUUUAGGUACGUAUAAAUU